AUGUCUUCUCUUCAAAAGACUAUUAUGAAAAAUAAAUUACCACCUCGAAUACCUAGAUCCUCGGGAAUAGCCAAGUUAGCACCAUUUGGCGCCACUCGUCGCAAAGAUUAUUCCCCGGUGUCGUGGAAGAAGUACUUCGAAAAGUAUGUUGAUGUUGAGACUGACGAAGGAAGUUUCAGGGUAUAUCUCUCUCCAGAGCCUGAUCAUCCUUCCAGGCCGAGGAUUAUAACUUUACACGGCGGUGGGUACUCUGGGUUAAGCUGGUCAUUGUUCACGGAAGAAAUAACAAACAUGAUUCACUGUCAGGUGGUGUCAAUGGACAUAAGAGGACAUGGUGAGACAAAAGUGAAAGAUCCUGAUGAUUUGAACAUUGAUACUUUGGUCAGGGAUGUGGAGCAAGUGAUACAAAAGCUCUAUGAUGAGGAACCUCCACCUUUGGUGUUGCUAGGACACUCGAUGGGUGGCGCCAUUGCUGUGCGAGCAGCACAUUCUCCUGUGCUGGAGCAUUAUGUUCAAGGCCUUGCGGUCAUUGACGUUGUGGAGGGGACAGCUAUGGAGGCUUUGGCCAGCAUGCAGAGCUUUCUGCGGGGUAGGCCUACACACUUCAAGAGCAUUGAGCAUGCUAUAGAGUGGUGCGUAAGAAGCGGUCAGGUGAGGAAUGUGGAAUCCGCCAAGAUAUCAAUGCCUAGUCAGAUAUUAAACUGUCAAACCGGCCUGCUGGCCACCAACGAGGUGGAGUCGCACGCGGAUGACGUCACGGCCCGCGAGGCGGUGACGUCACUGGCGCCCAUCCGCCACGGGCCCCUCGUUGACCGCAUCGCCGAGGAGAGCGACGAGAGCGACACCGAAGCUAUGGACGACGCCGACGCAAAUCACGCCGCGUGUGUUGUCGCUAAGCGCGCGGCGGCCGAUGCAGCCGACGCAACCGAUGUAACCGACGCAACCGAUGCAACCGUCGCAACCGAUGCAAACGGCGCAACGGAUGCAAGCGACGCAAACGAAGCUACGUACCUCAGCGACGCUUCGGAUUCGGCCGACGCUUCCGACGCGUCCGACGCUAAAAUCGCGAAGCGCGCGAAGGACGACGCGCUGUUCGCAGUGCCGAACGCGGUCGGCGAUGGCAAUGCAAUGAAGUACCGUUGGCGCAUCGAGCUGUCCCGGACUGAGCGCCACUGGGCCGGCUGGUUCGCUGGACUAUCGCGCGCUUUCCUCCUCAGCAAGUCACCACGUCUUCUGCUGUUAGCGUCCGUCGACGGCCUGGACAAGGAACUCACCGUGGGACAGAUGCAAGGCAAGUUCCAGAUGCAAGUUUUGACGAGGUGCGGUCACGCCGUCCACGAAGAUACACCCGGAGAGGUGGCCCGAGUGGUGGCAUCUUUCAUACUCAGACAUCGGUUGACAACAGCUACCGAGAAUGGGGAACAGAUGAAUCUCGUCUCUGCACCAGGAUGC